AGCUGGAAGCGGAAGCAGGCGAGGAGCGGGCAAGGGAGGCUGCCGGCACGUCUGCAGAGGGAGGAGUUGCAUGUGCCCGCGGAGACUGCUGCGGGCUUCAGUUUCGUUUCUGCUCUGCUGCAGUUCCCGGAACCUCCACGAAUCUGAAGCCACCAUCUUACCUUCCGAUCUGUGCACAUCUCAGUUUCAAAUAAGCUGUCGCAACCCAUCGCUCACUUAAGGCCAGCCCGGUUCAGAGUUAGUCUCGCUCGAUGGCAGAGGGAGGACCAGAACAACAAGGCAACACGGAUGGUGGAACAGAAGAGACUCCCAGGAAAAGGAAAAAGUUCAACAGAUAUCAAAAUUUUGAAGAUGAGGAGCAAGAGGCUCUGAAGAACUGCAAAAGGAAGCAAAAGGACCUAAGAACCAUUCUGAACGAGUCCUGCAUAAAGCUGUCAGACUUUCUCUCUCUGCAUGGCUCACCUGGGACAACAGAUGGGUUUGAAUACAUCGAGAACCGCCUUAAAGGCUUGAAGCCAGAUAUUUUGCUGGAUCCCAUUUGCAUUGGUCUCUUUGGCAGCACCGGGGCUGGGAAAAGCACGUUACUGAAUGCUAUCAUAGAGAAAAAAUUCUUCUUGCCGGUGUCGGGGAGCAAAACCUGCACGUCUUGUGUGGUGCAGAUCAACACAAGCCGCACCAAAAAUUAUGAAGCAAAAAUUUACCUUCUCUCCGAUGAGGAGUGGAAGGAUGAACUGAAGAGUCUGGUGGCACUUCUUGAACCGGAUGAAGAUAACGAAAAAGACGAGGAAAGAGAUGAGAAUGCUUUGAAGAUCUGUGCAAUCUACGGGCAAGGAGCUGAAACUAAGACCUAUGAAGAGCUGUGUGCGAUGAAACCCAUCAUCAAUAUUCCCUCUUCAAGAUGUAUCAGCUUCAAGGAAAUGCAAGCAGAAGCGCUUUCUGAAAAACUGGAACCGUAUAUUCGGACUCAAAACAUUAAUGAUGCCACACGAACAGAAAUAAGCGAAGAAGACAAAAAGAUGCAAUUCUGGCCGUUAAUCAAAAAUGUGGAAGUGACUCUCCCAAGGUCGGAUGUGCUUCCAGAAGGCGUCAUCCUUAUGGAUAUUCCAGGGACAGGCGAUUUCAAUAGCAAAAGGGAUGCAAUGUGGAAAGAGAACAUCAACAGAUGCUCUGUCAUCUGGGUAGUCAACUCUUUCGAACGUAUUCAAGGAGAAAAAAACCAUGAGAAGCUACUGAGUGAGGGCGUGAAGGCUUUCCAGUGUGGGAUGUGCAGGGACAUCGCCUUGGUGGCCACAAAGUCUGAUAGCCUGGACCUAGAGGAAUACAAGAGGGAAAGAAAAGAAAAGAAUACGCCGCUAACAAAUGAACAUGAUGCCAUCCUAGAGAGGAAUGCAAUGGUGAAGCAGCAGAAGAGCAAAGUGGUGAAAAGAAGCCUAGAGAAAAAGCUUCCCAACAACUCCGAAGUUCUGCAAAAGGCGGAUCUUGUGUACACGGUCAGUGCCCGGGAGUAUUGGCAGGGGAAGAAGCUCAGCAAGGAGGAAACAGAGAUCCCAAAGCUGAGGGAGUACAUCUGGAAGUUUUAUGUGUCAGAGAAGAGGAAGGUGCUAAUAGAUUAUGUACAAGAGGCUCUGGUCAUUUUUAAACUGCUUCAGAGUCUCAGCUGCAACCACGACAAACAGCAUUUGCAUGUGAAAAAAAAUACCUUGAAAGACUUCAUUAUGGGCAAGAUCAGUGAGCUGGAGAAAGAUAUUGAGAAAUGUUUCGCAUCUAUGGAACAGCCACUCAAUGAAGGCGUAAAUGAAGCAAAAAAGUCGUACGAGAAAAUUAUGCGCAAGUUCCUUACUCGAGACCGUGGCUACCAAGGCUAUCACAGGACCCUGAAAGCUGUGUGCCUGAAGAACGGUGUGUUUGCCUCCCGGCGCUUUGACCGGAUAGACAUCAAUGAAUCUCUGGCUCAGCCCAUCUACGAAAAAAUUGACAUGAAUUUUGGACAAAUAUUCAGGAUCCAAAUGGGCACCCGGGCCACGCUGAAAGCCAACCUGGUUACCUUCAAAUGCGCAGUGCAGCAGAAGCUGAAGGAAACCGAGAGGAAGAAAUCGGUGGCUGACGCCUGCAGGCUCGAGUUCCUCGAGCAGGAGACAGACUUCAUCCUCAGUGAGACUGAAAAAGUCAUCCUUCAGAGGAAAGCAGAUAUUUAUCACUCCCUCUCAGCGUCCAUUCAAAAGGACCUACUGCUAUGCUAUGAAGAGGCCGCUAAGAUAAGAGGAUCCCAAGCCUAUCAAAGGAUGCAAAAUGUCAUUAGCCAAGGUAUAAAGAAUGAGGUGGAAAGGGGAAUUUUUGAAAAAGCAAAGGAGAAAAUGAAAAUCGAGUUACUGAAACUGAAGGUGGACAUCACCGGGAAGCUGGAGAAGGACUUUUCUGACGUGCUCAGCCUCGCCUUCUGCCCGUGGGAGGAGCUGGACGGGAAGCUGCCGGGCUUACAGCAGGAAUUCUUCUUCAUCAACAUGAUACACAAGGAGCUGCAGGCAGCUAGAGAUGCUUAGAGUGGUGUGGGGCUUGCCUUGAGUUAACUGCUUUCAUUACUUGUAUUGCUGCCUUUCUUGUUUUCACUCUGUGCGCUCCUAACGAAUCAUCGUGUGAAUUGCUGCUUCUUAGAAAUGCUUUUGUAAGUGGGGCAUUUCAUAUGCAUUUCAUGACGCCGGUUUUUUUUAGCACGAAUAUUCCUUACCCAUAAAAUUUGCCUUUGCUGUUGCGCUCUUGGGUGAGAGCAAACGGGGCAGGUCGAACGCUCCGGGAGGUCCAGCGGCAAGGCCGAGCGUGUAUUUGCUGCUCCCCUCGCUGGCUGGCGUGGAUGAAGGUCUGUUGGUGAGAAGCACAUAGGUAUAUAAAAUGUGGAUCCCUUCUUAGGCGUUCGCUUUGCCCAGCAGCUGCCCCUGGAUCCUCUCGGCUCUGGUCACCUCCCACCCAGACCCACACACACAGAUGGGGCUCGGGCGUCCCCAGACACCACGGUGUCUCCGGCAGCUGGCUUGGACCUCCUGGUCCAAGACUUCCUCACCCGGGAAAAUAGUUAGAAAUGGAGUUUAAUGAGAAGACAGGAGUGACAGUGCUGAUCACGCUCAGGGCAUCCCCAGACAAGGUAUUGAUCAGCAACUGCUUAUACCCAACCAGCCCCUUUUUCCCCCCUAUCCUGCUAUUUUCCCACGCUUGUUCCUCCCCCAAACCACCUUGGUCUCUCCCUUUGGUUCCUCCCCUAAGCGACCCUUGUGCAAUCCCAAAACGCUCUUCCCUUGCAUCCCACAGUGCAUCCCAGAUGCCCCCAGGAGAAGGUGGGUCGAGGGCUCCGUGUCUCUGAUGGGUGAUGGGGGCUGCCCCGCUUGCCGCUGUGCCCCUUUGCAUGGGGGAGACAAGCUUUUUAUCACGUAACCUAACCCGCUCUCGUACCGACUAUGCUCUGAUUUUCCAUGCCAGGCUUAUAUCUCUUUCAAUACUUUGGAUUUUACUGAUAGAAUAAAAAAAAAAGUUUGGAACAAA